CCAUAUAUCCUGGGGAACUUCCAGAACUCAGAAUGUGGCGAGUGCCAACAGACGUCCCACAGGUCGCCGUCCCCAAUGGAUUGAAGCUGGCGGAGGUGACCGUCGACACCCCGUUGGAUGAAGUGUUCAAGCACUGGAAGGAAAGCGGCGGCGUCAUCCUGAAACACAUGCUCACCACUGCCGAGGCGACCCAGAUCACCACCGAACUCGAAUCCCGCAUCGACUCCGUCCAACGGGGCUCCCGAGUGCCCCAUCCCGACCUGGCAGCCUUCCACGGCACCAAAACGAAGCGGGCAGGCGACCUCAUCAAUCACAGCGCCACGUUUCGAGAGCGGAUCCUCGAGAACGACUUCAUCCAUGCCAUCUGCAAGCGCUGCUACAGCGAAGGUGGACAUAACGGAGACUACUGGCUCUCGGCGGCGACCACCCUCCAUGCUUCCGGACCGCAGCCCGCGCAGGUCUUGCACCGCGAUCUGACCUCCUAUCCACCAUACGCCCAGCUCGGACCGGACUGCACGGAACCACAGAUCAACUUCCUCUUCGCCUUCUCCGAUUUCACGGAUGACAAUGGCGCCACCCGCAUCAUACCCGGAAGCAACAAGUGGCCCUUUCACCAACGCGGGAAUAUGAAGCAGACAAUCCCGGCGGAGAUGCAGACGGGGGAUUGUCUCCUGAUCGGGGGCAAAGUCAUUCAUGCGAUGGGUGAGAAUAAAACGGAGCUGGAACGGAAAUGUAUCCAGCUGACGGUCAUCCCGAGCUUUCUGACCCCCGCGGAAGCACAUCCGUUCAUUAUCAAGCUAGAAACCGUGCGGAAGUUGUCCAAGCGGGCGCAGCGUUUCGUGGGGUUUCGAUCGCAGUAUCCGCGCGGCUCCCCCGGCCUGUGGACCAAGGAUUAUAUUGAAUUGGCAUUGCACUUGGGUUUAGAUGAUCUGCAGGGGGCUAUGGAGGAUUUGCAAGAGGUUCUCAACCAGCCCAAACAAUGGGAUACGAUUGAUUAUGACAAGAUGUGAGAAUUGUACAUAAGGCUACUCUAGACUGGGCUACUGGGAAUGAUAU